AGGAGGAGGAGGAGGGUCCCUGAUGUUGGACCUGGACUCACUUCACUUCAUCAAAGGUGAGACCACCAUCUUCACCACCAUCUUCACCACCAUCUUCACCACCAUCUUCACCACCAUCUUCACCAUCAUCUUCACCACCGUCUGUCUCUGGUGUCUUCAUGUCCACAGCUCCGGUUCUUCUGCCUGCUCUCACCUCCACGUCCACAGUAGAUCUGAGGAACCAGGUGAGAUCUUCAUCAGAGACAACCACUGGUCUGGAUGGAGGUCAGUGAAGACCACGUGGUGUUUCAGGUUCCACCUCACCACAAUGUCGUGUUUCAUCUCUCCUCAGCCUGGAGAACCAGAGGAGUCGGAGGCCCCAGAACCUCCAUCCGUGGACUCUCUCACACCUGUGGAGAAGGAGAACGAAGUGAGCAGGGAUUCUUCUUCUUCUUCUCCUGUGUCUGAGGUGGAGUUAGAAGCUCAACCAUCAACCACUGGAGAUGAAGGAGAAGAAGUUCUCAUCAUCACUCAGGAGAUCCAGACUAUUCACGCAGAUGAAACUGCUGAACUGGUGCGAGGAGACCUUCUGGAUCCCACCAUGGUCCUUCAGCCAAAGACAGAAGCUCCAGGUCCAGGUGAAGAGGAUCUGGUUCCUGAGGUUCAGGACCUCCACACCUCCACCUCCAUGACCGUCCUGACCACAGCUUCUGUCGGAGGAGGUCCGUCAGAAACUGGAGCAGCAGCAACAACGGUGUCAGCCAUCACCGGCCAACCGCCCACCUGGUCCACCACUGACCUUCAGGAAGAUGAAGAUGCAAACGUUCCUUCAGAGGAGGAACUGUACUUGGAAACAGGAAUCACAGUGACGGAACCGAUGACAGAGUGGGAAGUUGAAGCUCCGCAGGAACCACUUCAGGUUUUGGAGCAAGAACCUGAUGAAGCUGAAGUUCCUGAACCAGUUCCUGUUCCACCGUCAGGAGACCCUGAGGUGGAGCUGUGCGAAGACGAUGGAGACGAUGAAGGUGAUGAUGAAGAUGAUGAUGAAGAUGAUGAAGAUGAUGAUGUUUUGGGGGAGGACGGCGUGGAUGAGGCUGAGGAAUCACUGCAUGACGUUUUAGAAGAACCAGUUCCUGAGGAAACAGUUCUGGAGUUAGCAGAAGAAGCAGCCACUGGAAAACCAAAAGAGAAACUUCCUGAAUUUUUAGAGGAAACAACUCCAGCAGAAGAAACGGUUCCCGAAGAUUCAGAGGAAAUCGUUUCUGGGGAACCGGAAGAAACAGUUCCCGAAGUUCAAGAAGUCCACCUAACGGAAGAAGAAGACCUCCUUCAGGUUGUUGACCAGGACCUGGACCAGGAUCCAGAUCUGACGUUUCCAUCGGUACCAGCAGAUGGAAAUGUUCACAGCCCAGAAGAAGCAGAAGCUCAGAGUGAUCUGGAGACAGAACCGUUACCUGCUAACCCAGCUGAGUUCACCGUGGAGUCUGGACUCCUGGAGGAGCAGGACUCACAGACGGACCAGUCAGAGCUGGUCACGGAAGAAGACCUGGAGAGCUCAGCUCCUGACAGCUGGUCUCCAUCAUCCCCUGUCCAAGACCUGGACCCGACGGUCCAAGACCUGGACCUGCGACGGGUCCAAGCCCUGGACCUGGCCCUGGACCCGACGGUCCAAGACCUGGACCUGGACCAGACGGUCCAAGACCUGGCAGUAGAACUGGAACAUGAUGGUCUUCUGGACGAGAGCGGUGCCUUUCCCGUGACAGGUGACGAGGGGGAGGAGGUGCAGGAAGAGGAGGGCGUCACCGCUCCGACUCCCACACUGAGAUAUCUGACCACGCCCACCAUGACCACGGCCGUCCACGGCCAUGAGCUGGUGGUCUUCUUUAGUCUGAGGGUCACAAACAUGAACUUCUCUGAAGAUCUUUUCAACAAGACCUCGGUGGAGUACCAGUCCCUGGAGAACACCUUCCUGGACAUGCUGCUGCCGUACCUUCAGGCCAACCUGAGCGGCUUCAGGAACCUGGAGAUCCUGAACUUCAGGAGAGGCAGCGUGGUGGUCAACAGCAGGAUCAAGUUCUCCAGGUCGGUGCCGUACAACGUGACCGAGGCGGUCCACUGUGUCCUGGAGGAGUUCUGCACCAGUGCCACCAAAAACCAGCACAUCCACAUUGACUCCACUUCUCUGGACAUAGAACCAGGUACCAGGACCAGGUACCAGAACCAGAACCACAGCUUCUGGUGUCACUGA